CGGAAGUCUGGAAGCUUUCAUUUCCCGUCAUGUCUUCUUCUUCCUCUUCCUCUUCUUCCUCCUCCUCCUCUUCCUCUUCCUCUCGUCUGUGAACAUCUUCCUGGUGAAUGUCACUUUUCAUGGUGUCAGGAAACACUUCGUCGUCUUGCCGGUCGAAGGAGCAGCCGAACCCCGCGGAGGGAGUGUGACCGUCGCGGGGCUGGAGUCGCUUCUGUCGGGGAGGUAUUCUGCAGGGUGCCAAAGGUUAUUUGCUGAAGCCACACGGGCUCAACACAGCAAAGCCACAUGAAUCAAAAAGCAAUGCGGUGAAUUAAAACAAAAGAAAGAAGUGAAAUGAUCAGUCAGAAAACAACAGAAGGAGCCCAUCAACAAGCAACCAUGCAAGGGCCACUGAGCGCCAGUGACAUUUACUUCAUUUGUAGCCUGUUUUAAAAUUGUGUGAAGUAUUUUUGUGUUAGUUAGUGGACGUUUUCAGGCUUUUGCCCAAAAACUACUGAACAGAUUGAUUACAUUUUGUGGAGGGAAGAACCCAUUGAAUUGUGGAGUGGAUCCAUCACUUUCUUUAACAUGCAGAGACAGGGCGGUAGCUUCGGCAGAGACAGAAGAUAAGUCUCAGGAAAGGAUCCUGACCAGGCUGCAGACACCAUGAGGUGACGACUGUAGCACCUUGUAUUUCUGCCGACGUGGACUUAUGGCAAGGAUCACUUUGUCCUGCCUGCCGGCCUCUUGGUACUGCAGCGUGUCCCUGCUGUCCCUGGGCUGCGCUCCCAGACAGAGGCUGCUGCUGCUGCUGCUCCUCUUCAUCAUCUCCACUCUCCUCAUCUUCGGGACCAACCAGAGGCUGCUGCGGGGCCCCCAGCGGGCGCCUGGGGCCCAUUACAACAAGUACCUCUCUAUUGCAGAGUCAAUGGAGGCCACUGACAUCCUCAACCCCGCUCUGAAUUAUGGGAUUGUGGUGGACUGUGGCAGCAGCGGCUCUCGGGUGUUUGUGUACUACUGGCGGCCCCACAACGGGAACCCCCACACCCUGCUGGACAUACGACAGAUGAAGGACCACGACCACAAACCUGUGGUGAAGAAGAUCAAACCUGGCAUCUCCACUCUGUCGAAGGCCCCGACGCAGGCCAGUAACUACCUGCAGCCUCUCCUCAGCUUCGCCGCCGCUCACGUCCCGAAGAGCAAACACAAGGAGACGCCGCUCUACAUCCUCUGCACCGCUGGCAUGAGGCUGCUGCCAGAGAGCCAACAGACAGCGAUCUUGGAGGACCUGGUCAGUGACGUUCCCCUGGAGUUUGACUUCCUGUUCUCCAGCUCGCAUGCUGAGGUCAUCUCUGGGAAACAGGAGGGCGUGUAUGCAUGGAUUGGCAUUAACUUUGUGUUGGGCCGCUUUGAUCACGCUGACAAUGAGGACGCCACGGUCGAGGUGACGACUGGGUCUCAGAACCAGCAGCCAAUCAGCAGGCGGCGUACAGUGGGAAUCAUGGAUAUGGGCGGAGCUUCUCUGCAGAUUGCCUAUGAGGUCCCCAGUGCCAUCACCUUCAACUCGCCACAAGAGGAGGAGGCAGGGAAGAGUGUUCUCGCAGAGUUUAAUCUGGGCUGCGACGUGGAGCACACGCAGCACGUGUACCGGGUCUAUGUCACCACGUUCCUCGGCUUCGGGGGGAACAUGGCCCGGCAGCGAUACGAGGACCAGCUGCUGAAUAAGACAUUCGCCAAGAACAGGUUUCUAACGGCUCAGACCGGCCUGACUGAGGACAAACCCUACCUGGACCCGUGUCUGCCGGCCGGUCUGUCAGACACGGUUGUGAGGGACAACCGCACCUUGUACCUGAGGGGUCAGGGAGCCUGGGCUGACUGUCAGCAUUCUGUGCAGCCCUUCCUGGGCCUCCACAAUGGCACCAUGUCCCCAGGGGGCGUGUAUCAGGCUCCCAUCAACUUCAGCAACAGCGAGUUCUACGGCUUCUCAGAGUUUUACUACUGUAUGGAGGACGUGCUGAGGAUGGGAGGACAGUACGACAGUGGGAAAUAUUCCCGCGCUGCUACGGACUACUGCUCAACCAGGUGGUCGACACUGAAGCAGCGUCUGGACAACCAGCUUUUCGCUCAGCAGGCCGACAUCAGCAGACUCAAGCAUCAGUGCUUCAAAUCGGCCUGGAUGUACGAGGUGCUGCACUCUGGUUUCCGAUUCCCCGCUGACUACCCCAGUCUGAAAACGGCUCAGCUGGUUUACGACAAGGAGGUUCAGUGGACGCUGGGCGCCAUUCUUUAUAAAACACGCUUCCUGCCUCUCAGGGACCUGCAGCAGGAGACGCUGCGACAGAGCCACCCCAGCUGGCUGCGCUCCUCCUUCGUCUACAACCACCACCUGUUCUCGCUCUGCAUCCUGGUCGUGGUGCUCGCCAUCCUGCUCUACAUCCUGCGCCUGCGGAGGAUCCACCAGCGGGAGCAGCGGCAGGCGGAGGCCCUGAGCCUGCUCUGGGUGGAGGAGGGAGACGCUCUCCUCCCCUGAGGAAGACGCAACAGGAGGUUCCACGUGGAUGAGCAGCGUAAUUUACUGUAACCGCAAAUCCAACACUAAAGAAUGCGAGGAUAAUAAGGAUCCUGAUGAUUACUGAGCAGCCAGAGGCGUACGUGAAGAGGCGGGAUUUCAUUUCACGGAGAAACAACACGGAGCAGAGACGCUUUAAUGAGCCUGGACAUCAAACUCCUCUUUGAUCGUGCAGCUUGGAGCACAGAGCUCAUCUCAGACGGGGAAGAUGUUCUCUCUUUCUCUUCAAGACAAUUUCAGAUGAAAAGAAUCACCUCCGCAUUACAGGAUCAAACGCUAACCAUUCCCUCUCAGAUCCAGUUUCUAGUUUCCCGGCGGUUCGACAGUGAACCUGGAUUCAGCGUUGGAAGAGAUUUGGUGUAAGAAUGUGGGAUUAUUGAUCGUCCAACAUGACGCAUGAGAAUAUAUUUGAUUUUAAAUGAAUCCAAACGACAUCUUAUGAGAUCGUUUCCUUCCCUUUUUAAAAUCCUUCCUCUCCUGCAAACGGAGGAAGCAAAGAGGACGAAGCCGUCACUCAGCGGAGAACAGUUUAUUUUUCCACUCGGUGAAACGGCAGCGACAAAAACUCCAUCAAGCAGCUGAAGCAUCAGCAGCCUCACAACUUCGAGCCUUGAUCUUCAGCGAGCUGGUGUCACAGCGAGCGAACGUCUCUUUCAUCUUCAUCUCCGUCCGUCCCCGAUGGAGCGAUUCCCUCGAAAGCAGCCCCGCAGACGGAUGACGUCGGCCCCAGAGCUCCGGCCUCAGAUUGGGCUUUGAUACUUGAAUGCCACUGUUGUCCUGCCAGGACCCCGUCCCCCCCCCGUCCCCCUGUCCAGCCCAGCCCAGAUCUUUAUCAGUGCAAAGACCGAGCCGAGAGGCGUUUCAUCUGCGACAAGCUGAGAGAUCUGCUCGGCGUCUGGAUGAAGCUGCCGAAAACAGACCAAGACCCCGGAGGCCCGAUUCCACUAAAGGGAAAAAUCUGGUCUCAUCCGAUUUGGUGGUUUUCACAUUUAAAACCACUUCUGAGGAAAAAGGCCUUAUUGUGAAAAUAGGGGUCUAUUUUACUCAUUUUUAAUUUUUACUGUAUUUCAUUGCUGUAAAUUGUUCAGCGGAGCAACAACCAUGACGAUGCAAAUCUGUGUCUGAUUAUUAACUGUUGAAACUUCCUGAGAAGUUAAAUUAUGUGUUAAUCCCACAGUGGGAGAUGUUUUUAAUUUUAAUGUCAGAAAGAUCAUGUGAUAUAUUAAUUCUUAUGGAUUUUAUUCCGAGGUGUUGAUGGUUAAGAAGCUGAUUCCUUUGUUAAAAUAAUAAGAUGUUUUGUGAAAGUUUGGUCGUUAAAGGAGACGUAUGAUGGUUUUAUUCAGAGUUUCUUUCCUCUCGUGUUUUAAAGUUUUUCUCUUCUACGGAGUUAAAAAGCCCAAAGUCUGUAGUGAACUGUGAUUUAAAGGUGGUCGACGUGUCCCCACUUCCUCCCACUUUCCAGAAAUGAUGCCAAAAAGCCACCGGGGGGCGAUCAAGACGCUUUGGCUUCACUUUUGGGUCAUGUCGUCCGUCUUUAUUCAGUCUGAGGAAUAAAUAUAAGUAUGUAUAAGUCCAAGUAUGAGGAAAGGGAUGUUUUCUGGGAAUGUAAACCUUAGUUACACUCAUUAAAACCUGAAUACGUUUCCUUUAACCGAGAAGCUGCACAAUCAAGAGCUUUGUAAAAAAAAAAUAAUAAUAAUUGUGAUUCCACUUGUUUCGUUUCUUCUCGUUCUGACUCUGAUGGAUUCUGACGUGAUGUCGUCAAACUGUCGGCUGGAGUUUUCACCCUGGGUCUUCAUCUGUUCCUCAGUGGUUCCACUCUGACGUCUGAGCUCCGACAGAGACGUCCUCCUUUACCUCUCAAUCACAAACCUCACUCCUCGUCCUGGUUUGGUCCUGAGGUGGAUUGUGGGAUUUCUGCCGCUUUACGAACUCGUCGAGUGUUUUUCCCAGAGCUGGGCGUCGUGCAAUGUAGAACUGAUUCACCGAAGGGAACCCGUGACUCUCAUGUUUUUAAUCCAGGUACCUUGAACAUCAAUGUGAAUAGAAUCGAUUCCAUUCCAAUAAAGAAAAUCAUUUUUUUUGUAAUAAA